CAAACCGCCGGUGCUGCGCCGCGAGAUGUGUUCUCGCGUAGAAGUCGCCCUCAGAGCGGGAACGCGCAAAAUACAUUAUUUAACAUCGUAGGCAAAAAUUAAAUUAAAUAAAUAAAUAACAUUUUAUUUUAUAUGUUACCUGCUAAUAUUGUUAUGACCGCUUAUGUUUUAUAAUAAUAACGCAUGAGUUAUUAGGGGUUAAGGUUUUCAACGGCAGUGCGCGCCCCCGCGCCCGGACUCCUCUGGCGGUUGGUUCGCUUUCGCAGCGCAACACCCGCCUGUCAGACAGAACGCGGAACAGCAGCACUCCUUUCUUGGACGCCGGCUGAGAAAGCGCUCGCGGUUGUUUCCACUUGUUAGCUCCACGGACCCGCGAAGUCUCACAAAAACUGAACAAAAAUGUCGCGAGGUUCUCGUUGACGAAACAUCCCCGGUAAAGUUUCCCGCGGUUGGCCUCCUUUUCUACCCGGGUAUCUCCGUCAAUCAAUGGCGGACCCGACGGAACCAGCAGCUCCGGGGGGCGUGCAGGAAGAGCAGCCGGAAGACCUGAACGACGCCGAGCUGGCUCUGACAGGCAUCAACAUGCUGCUGAACAACGAAUUCCGGCGGAGCGACGAGCUCUUCAGGACUCACAGGAACCGCAGUCCUCUGAUGAGUUUCGGGGCCAGUUUUGUAAGUUUUUUGAACGCCAUGAUGACGUUUGAAGAGGAAAAAAUGCAGAUGGCCUUUCAAAGCCUCAAAGCUACAGAAAAGCUGUGUGAGAGCGCGAACAUCGGCGUCAUUGAAACCAUCAAAAGCAAAAUCAAGGGGAACACGGACGCUCAGAGGUCGGGGACGGCUGCAGUCGAUCGACUCCAGAGGCAGGUCAUCAUCGCAGACUGCCAGGUUUACCUCGCAGUUCUGUCCUUCAUCAAACAAGAGCUGUCAGGAUACAUCAAAGGGGGCUGGAUUCUGCGUAAAGCCUGGAAGAUGUACAACAAAUGUUACAACGACAUCACGCAUCUACAAGAAGGCAGCAGAAGGAGGGCGUUGGACCAGCAGGAACGGUCAAAGCCGUCCUCAGAAGCGUCCAACCACGGCCCCUCCUCCUUACCUGGGCCAAGUACAUCUCAAAAGCGCGACGGCGUCUCCAUGGAGGCUCUGGACAGACUGAAGGGAUCCGUCAGCUUCGGGUACGGACUCUUCCACCUCUGCAUCUCCAUGGUGCCCCCACACCUGCUGAAGAUCGUCAACCUGCUGGGCUUCCCCGGAGAUCGCCAUCAAGGUCUGGCAGCCCUCACGUUCGCCAGUGAAAGCAAGGACAUGAAGGCCCCUUUAGCUACUCUGGCCCUGCUGUGGUACCACACCGUCGUGCAGCCCUUCUUUGCUCUGGAUGGCACCGACAUACAAGCAGGUCUAACCGAAGCCAAAUCCAUUCUCAAACAAAAGGAGCCUAUGUAUCCCAACUCUUCCCUCUUCAUGUUUUUUAAAGGCAGAGUUCAGCGCCUCGAGUGCCAGAUCAGCUGUGCCUUGACGUCCUUCAGCAAUGCCUUGGAUCUGGCCUCUGAUCAGCGGGAGAUUCAGCACGUGUGUUUGUAUGAAAUAGGUUGGUGCAGCAUGAUCGAGCUGAACUACACAGAGGCUUACCGAGCAUUCGAGCGAUUGAAGACGGAAUCGCGCUGGUCCCAAUGCUACUACGCCUAUUUAACAGGAGUGUGCCAAGGAGCCACAGGCGACCUGGAGGGAGCGGUUGCUGUUUUCAAAGAUGUGCAGAAACUUUUUAAGCGCAAAAAUAAUCAGAUUGAGCUUUUUUCUAUAAAGAGGUCGGAGAAGCUGAGGAGCUCCAGUCUAUCCAAAGAGCUCUGCAGCCUGGCUGUCAUUGAGAUUCUGUACCUGUGGAAAGCUCUUCCCAACUGCUCCACUGCCAAGCUGCAGGCGAUGACAGACGUUUUGCAGAUGAUUGAUGAUGUCUCCUGCUUGGGGCUGAAAAACCUGCUUCUCGGUGCCAUAAGCAAAUGUCUCCAGAAUACCAAAGAAGCCAUUCAGUAUUUCCAUUUGGCUGCCACAGAUGAGGUGGGGGGUCUCAGUAAUUCUUACGUGCAGCCAUACUCCUGCUAUGAACUGGCCUGUGUACUGCUGAACUCCCCAGAGACUGCAGGGAAGGGGCAAAUGCUAAUGCUGCAGGCAAAGGAGGACUACGCUGGCUACGACUUUGAGAACAGACUUCACGUCCGCAUCCACUCGGCUCUCGCCUCCAUGAGAGCCGCAGCUCAGCCGUGAAGCGUACAGCAGAAGAGGAGAAAGCGUUUCUAAAGGCCACAUUACAACAGGUUACACUAAGGGGGUUACUGUGUAUUUAUUUUUAUUUUAUUCAUAUUUGUAUAGAGAUUUUUUGAGCCAAAGUUGAACUUAAAGGUUACAGAUAAAAAUUAUGUCAGAAGAUUUUUUUUUACUGUCUCUGAAAAGCCCAAGAGAAAAUGUCUUUACUGUAGAAGUUUCAUUUAUAGAGCUUGUGUGCAUUAAACAAUUCUGAAGGCAUCAGACCUCCUUUCAGAGGAUCCCCGUCUCAUCAGAAAUUCAAACCCUGAGUGUCUUAAGCCAAACAGUUUAAUUGAAGUUUGUAAAUUCUUUGCUGAUCUAAUAGAGUGAAAGUUUAGUUUGUUUAAAUACUGUAAGCUUUAAUUAAAUGUGCAGAUUGGAAUAUCCCACUGUUCUUGAUUAGCAGAGUUCACUUUGAUUUUUGUUACAAGAUAAAUGAAACACUUUAGAAAUGUUUUUUGUCAAACUUUAGGAUAUGCAGAAUAAACAUGAAUUCUUUUUAACUCAUUUCUUUUUUCUAAAGGGGUCUGAUUUUGAUACUAGAUAGGAAAACUGCUGAUGUCUUACGCUACGAUUUCAUGUUGCAAAAGUGGAAGAAUCCAGGAUCAUGGAAUAAACUAUUCGAGUGAA